UGCACAUUCAGUACAUGCCGUGUUUUUGGAAGCUGGCUAGGGAGGUCUGAUCCCCACUUCCCGUUUGCCAGCGGAAAUACUUCGCUUUACAGCACAAAAUAACAAAGAUUUGCUCAUAGGCAAAGAAAACGUGUGGAAAAAUACGAGCGCAGAGCGAAGCAGUGACCCUCCCUGAUGGCAACGCUCAGCAGUAAAAGCAACCAAGAGCUCAGUCAGCUGCUGGACGAAUACGGGAUCAAACAUGGGCCCGUGGUUGGGUCUACCAGAUCCCUUUAUGAGAAAAAGCUGAGAGACGCGAUGGCCAAGGAGAGAAAAGCCAAACCUUCCUAUUAUCGCGAAGAAGAGGAGGUCACCUACAUUAACCACCGUAGACCUUUUGGACACGGGAGUUAUAGAGACAGUCCUGUUUUUAGGUCUGAAUACAGAGACCUGGACACCACUGAUGAGCCCAUUGUUAUUAGGACACAAACUCAACAGUAUAGCAGUACUCCACAGGCAUGGCAUGCCGCGCCCGUGUACGAGACCCAACGGAAGCCUGCUCCAAAGCCAACCUCGGCACGCUUUGUGCCAGUCUGGCUGCAGAUUCUGCUGUUCCUGAUUGUGGCUGGCUUCCUGGUUUUUAUCUUCAUAAACAUGGAGUCAGAAGACACAGAUCCUUUCAAAAAACUGGCAUAGCACUGUUUACCUCCGCCAGUUAAACUCACACCAGAGUUUAUUUUUCAUAUAAUGCUGUCCACACGGCUCAUCUCCUGUUCAGUCCUGUCGAGUUUGAAUCUGUGUUGAAGCGGAGUGCAGUUCUGUAACUGCCGUGUUGAUUCGAGGCAUCUCACACACACACACAAGCACUCACUUAGUUUUAUAUUAACUAGUUUUUGUAGAUUUGUUUGAGAUGUGGUUGUUCUUUUAAAAGUUCAGUGUUCCGGAACAGAUGUACAGGAAGCACCUGCUGAGGGAGUUGGUGAGAGAGCAUGAGUUUAAACCCCAGGCGCUUAUAUCAGUGGGAGAAAAAGAGAACCAUUUUAAAAGCAGAUUUAAGCAUUGCUUAGGUCAGGUUUGCACAGAGCUUCAGUCUGAAAACUCAGAACUUGUGUGCCUGUUAUGAUGAGGAACAUCUCAGACAAUAAGGUGCUCCGUUCGUCUGUGUGUGAAGUAUGUUAAGUACUUCUGCUUUGGGUUGGCCUCAUGUCUGUCUGAAUGUCUGGUGCUACGCUAAGCCUUUAAUCUUAGGACAUGAGAUCCAAGUCUUGUGUCCUUAGUACUUAAAAGUUAAACUGGAUAAAGUGGCCCAAUUACAUGACUGGGGGAAAAACACAUUAUCUAAAGAAACACUUUUGUAAGUCUUGACUAUCUGUAAUAAAUAUUUCCUAUAAAAA